UAAAAUGGUUCCAGCAUAGAUAAAUACCCACCUUCUUCCAAUUGGAGAAACCCUAGCUAACCCUCUCACUCCCCUCAAGCUUUGAAUCCUUGGCGGGCUGCGAGUGCUAUCGAUUUAGCUUUUUAUUUUCAGCAUGUCGAUGGAAGAAGAUGCUAAUGAUGGAAAGAAAGAGGAAGAAGAGUUCAACACAGGUCCACUCUCUGUUCUGAUGAUGAGUGUUAAAAACAAUACUCAGGUGCUGAUCAACUGCCGAAACAACAAGAAGCUUUUGGGACGUGUUAGAGCCUUCGAUCGUCAUUGUAACAUGGUUCUGGAAAAUGUCAGGGAGAUGUGGACUGAGGUUCCUAAAACAGGCAAGGGCAAGAAGAAAGCACUCCCAGUGAACAAGGAUAGAUUCAUCAGCAAAAUGUUCCUCCGAGGAGAUUCAGUUAUCAUUGUUCUCAGGAAUCCCAAGUGAGAACAAUUGUGUCCCAUGUUUGCUUCUAAGUAUUCUGUUUAUCUUGAUGACAUUUGUUCAGUUUCAGAGGGAAAUAUUACAUUUAGUCCAUUUGUUUGUUGAAAGUGAAGGUCUUGUAGGCAUACACUUCAAUGGAGUCUUAAAAAGGCCCUAAUGUUCAGCAAGGGCCUGUUUGUUAUGAAAAUAUUUUCAAAACUUUUGUUUUUUUGUUUUAAGAAUAUAGUUUUUGACCCA